AUGAGUUUAAAAGUCAUCGAAACUUCAGAGCCAGAUGUGACUGAAAAUAGUUCAGAACAGCAGACUAGCGAAGAACGGGAGCACGCAACCAUUUCCGCCAACAAAAUAAAAUUGAAAUUUUCCAACAGCAAGUUUCCAAUAUUCUGGAUUGAUGGAUUUCCUAAAAAUUCCGUGAUACAAGCUGUGGUACUCUGCAACUGGGAUAAUAUUUAUGGACCCAAGGUUCGAAAUAUGUGGGUCAUCGAUGAUAUACCAACCAGAAAGAAUGUUUCUUUUAUUUCGUCUGCUGAUGUUGCUAAUGAAACCGAUAUGAUUUCAUCUGAAGAUCGCUGUUUGGAUUGGGAUACUUUGAGUUUUAUUGCGAGGCAGAUGUUGUGCAGUGAAAUCAUGAAGGAUCCAUGUGAUUCCUUCCUGGAAAAUAAAUUCUAUGACUCUCCUCAAAAAAAACUAGCACUUGCUGCAAUUGUGUUUGGUGCCAUGAGCCAAACUGAUAUGAGUAUACAUUCGUUAUGUGUCGUGCCUUCUUACAAUCGUUUGAAUGAAUUUCACAAAUGGAAAGAUGUCUGCUUUGAGUGGCUAACUAACUGUGUUCUUCAACUAAGGAUUACUUUGGCAACAAAUGCUACUGCCGGCUUCACAAUAAUAAAAAAGAACUUGAUAAGGCUGGUGCAUAUCAUGGAAAAGGAAGAGCAGGCAGGCAAUUUCACGGUCAAAGAAACAUUUUUAAAUCAUCUGAAUCACGUAAGAUCUGCUGAUAAACCGCCGACGAUGAUGAUGAGGAACAAAUCAAAAUCUCUAUCAAACACUCCAACACGAUAUCCAGCUGAGAGGCACACAACAUCAGAAACCACAAAUACUCGAGUCACAUCCCAGCAUAACAUGACAACAACAACAACAACAAAAACGACAUUAUCGUCAACAGUGGCAUCAUUUUUACCAACAUUAUCCACAGCAACUUCAACACAAUCAGCAGCAUCAACAUUAACCUCCGAACAAUUAUUCAAUACAACCAUCUCCAUGACCUCAGAUGCGUUGGCAUCAGUACAACUAUCAUCAACAUCACCCCAGCUAAAAUCAUCAUCAACAGUGAUGACGACAUCAACGACAACAACUCCAUCAUCAUCUACAACACCAAAAACAAAUCGUUCAACUUCAACAGUACCAUUUGGAAAGAUAUUGAUAUCAGAUCUGGAGUUCUUUCACAACAGCCUUGUAGCUCACUUGUCUCAAUGUCAUAACAGUGUUGUGAUAGGAACUGAUGUAGAUAGGGUUAACGAGAUGAUAAAAGCCUUGGCUCUUUUCACACUGCCACACGAUGCCCACAGAUGUAAACUUCUGCAGCCAGCAAUCAACAACAACAACAGUAGCAACAACAUCUCUACUCAAAAUCCAUGCACUGCACAGAAAACUUGUGACACAUAUCACGAAGAUCUGCUCGUUGACAUUGACUUUAUUGAUGUGUAUAAUGCUAGGCUGGACAAGCACAAAUUGCAAAAAGUCACGUCUGCCUAUGCCCCUGAACUUCGUGUUCAAGGUUUAUUGAAGUCAGAUGUAAACAUUCAUCUGUUGUUGGACAAUGUGAUGUUCAGUAUGAGGCCAACUGCUCUUAUUGAUGUUGAUACCAAAGAGGUGAUGUUGAUUUGUUGGACUGAGCAAUAUGAUGAUAUGAGGCACAAGUUCAUCACAAACAAUCUUCACAAGCUUUGGAAUGAAUGUCCACCCGAACAGUUACAGAUGAGAGACGUCUUCAAAUCAGUGAAGGUCAGCAAGUCUCUUGUCCAUCCAUUUUUGCAAGAAUUGUGCACACUUCCAUGUCACCUGGUAAGACCUCGAGUGAACAACUUCAUGAAACAACUGCAUCGGCGAGCUCUCGCCUUCGUUCAAUAUGUCGAGAGUAGAAGGAAAGCUGGAAGUGGCGUGCAGAGUAGCGCAGUGGAUGGAGUAUCUUUGGUAACAUUGAGGGAACAUCUGGGAUUGAACCUGGAUUGGGAUUAUCACGUGAUUUCCUCAUUUGCCGAAAUCGUUCAUCAAGCAAAAUGUGAAAGAUUUACUUUUAAUGCAGUUGGUCAAGUGGUCAAUCUUUCAUUUUUGUCAAUAUGUGAUUUUAUUUAA